CUGCUUCUUUCGCUGCUCCUUCCUGUUGGCGGUUCUUGAAAGAAAGAGAGAAAAAGAGAGAGCAUGGCGGCAGGGGAAGCUAAGUCCGUUUUAUUCGUUUGCCUGGGGAACAUUUGCCGCUCUCCUAUAGCCGAAGCUGUUUUUAGGAAACUUGUGACUGAAGGAAACAUUGAAAACAAGUGGAGGAUAGACAGUGCAGCAACAUCUACGUAUGAAGUAGGAAAUCCUCCAGAUUAUCGAGGCCAGAAUUGCAUGAGGAAACAUGGUGUUAUCAUGAAUCAUAUUGCCAGGCAGGUUACAAAAGAUGAUUUCCUGACGUUUGAUUAUAUGCUUUGUAUGGAUGAAAGUAACUUACGAGAUCUGAAGAGAAAAAGCAAUAGUGUUCCAAACUGCAAAUCUCAAAUUGAGCUGCUUGGGAGCUAUGAUCCACAAAACCAGCUUAUUAUUGAAGAUCCAUACUAUGGGACUGAUGAAGAUUUUGAAACUGUUUAUCAACAGUGCCUUAGAUGCUGUAAAGCAUUUUUGGAGAAACCUCAUUAAUGGGGCAAGUGUUUCUGAAAGCAAAUAAUAUUUAGCUGUUCUGUAAAAUUAUUCUCAAUUGAUAUUAAAUUGUAAAGAUUCUAAAAAUAA